AUGAACGCCCUGAAGUUGGAGGCGCUCCUAAGGUCGAUUCCCGUCAGGCAAAUCUGUGCAAACGUUGAGGAGCCGGGGGACCCGGGACUGGAGCUACAAAGCGGUCGCGUGCAGGUAGCCGCGCUGGUCAAUACAGUUGCUGGGGCGGCCCUGGAUAUAUUGAAGGAAGUUUUAAGGGGGAAAACCAAGUUUAAUAAUAGCGCGAAGACGGAGUUAGAAGCCGGCGCCAUUGCUCAAGUGGCCCUGCCGGUUGCACUGGGCUUUUUACAUGAGGAUGAUGAAGACAUCUCGGCACAGAUUUUGAAGUGUGUCUCGACCUAUGUCAACGUAUUUGCGCAAGCGGCAGAGACAGACGAGGAGGGGUCUUCAAAGGAUGGCGUUUCCGCCAUGGUCGCCAUCUUGAAAGCAGUCGAGGAUCGCGCCGUACUACCUCGUGACUUUGAUCCUCAUGAAUUUGAGAGGCGCCAUCCCUUCACAGAAGUUCGACGAAUGCUUAUUGACAAUGUGUUUAGAAGCGUCGCAAGGGCUUUUGGGGACCUUUGCACGGAAUUCCUCACCAGUUUAUUUCGAAAAGCGUGGGCAUCAGGCAACGAGCUUUCCAUUGAGCUGGCUUUCGCUUUACUCGUUUCAUUUGUAGCGGAAGGCCCUAUCUCACCAGAUUUCGAGGAACUGCAGCAGAUGGUUAUCGAAAACCCCCCAAAAUGUAUGAAGUUUGGGACAAACGUUUCCGCUACUUCUAUUGACAAGCCUCAAGCCACUCACUUGCAUCAGCUCGAGCUCGUGUCCAAGCAUUACUUUGCAUUGGUCGGAAGGUCUGAUCGCCUCUUUUUGAGACAAGAGGACAACACUUUGUUUCGAGCCUUGCUGCCGGUGUUUUUUGAUGAGAGAGGGCUGGGGCACAAAUGCUCGAUGGUCGUGAGGAGCUCUGCUGCGCAUGCUCUUCUCAAGUUCACGAAGCUCUUGCGCUACCUGCUGUCGAAGAGCCAUCUCAGAGACAUGAUCAUUGCUGCCGAAGCGCACAUGUUCCCUGUAGGAAACCCGGCUUACACACAGAAUGACCAAAUGGAAGUUUUCGAAUCCGUUGGUUAUCUUCUUGGGACGGACACAAAGUGGGAAGAGUCUUUGAAAUGCCUCACAGCUAUCCUGGGAAAAGUGCUUGAAGGUUUUCAAAGUAAUGAUCCCGAGGUUGUGAUCGGCUACAUCACGGCAGCAGGGUCGCUCUCGAAAGGAUUUGGAGGUGAUUCUAGACCACUUUUAAUGUUAAAAGAGACAGAGCCCUCGUACCCACCAGGAGGGGUGAGAAAUGACACAGCGCAAUCUCUAGCAAAGAUGCAGCCCCCAUCGGCUUUGGCUCUCAAAGUGCAAGAGAUUUGGAUCAACUGCCUUGAGGCUGCUAUGAAGGCAUCAAAGCCAGCUUUGCAAAUCGGCACGCAGCACACGGAACUUCGUGCGCGACUAGUGGGCUUUCUCCACCGCAUGGUUGAUACAAUUGGCGCUCCGGUGCUGCCGUUCAUCGAAGACCAAGUUGGACAAUUGGUCCACACAGCUUCAACGGCUGUGGAGCUUCAUGUCACUCUGAGCCUCAUCUCUCAAAUUGUGACCAAAUUUGCAGGGGAUGCCCAAUCAAUUGCUUUAUCUACGUAUGCCCCGCUUGUGCGAAAAGUCCACGAAUAUUCAGUUGUUUUGGACCCAACUACCUUGCUGGCUAUAUCGGAGGAGAGUCGAGAAGCAGCAGACAUGCAUCGCGCGUACACAUACUUUUUGCAUGCUCUUGUAAGAACAAAGUUGUUCACGGUGCUUCUAUUCCCGGAACAUCUGCCGCUGCUUGGACAAGUUAUGUCGUACGUCCUGUCAAAUGCUAUCGGUGAGUCGUUGGAUUCACGAGAGGCUGGGCCAGUCAUGAAGAUGUCUCUGCACAUGUUGGGAGAUCUAGUCAAGGCUUGGAUAGGGCCUCAAAACGACAACAGUCCGCCCGGGUUUCGCCAGUUCGCUCUAAAGGAGUGUGCGAAUGCAGCAAUGACGAGCGCUGUACGUGGGACGGUUUUCAGGGUUGGAGACACAGAGGGGGGAGAGGCGACCAGUGUCCUGACGGAAAUUGCCAGUUUGCAGCAAACGUGUGCUAGUCACCUGGGGCAGGAUUUUGCGAGGGCCGUGCAACAAGGUCCCUGGAAUACAUUACCACGGGAGAACGUGAACGAUUAUUUAUCUGCACUGUAUUCAGGGGCUCCAUUACCAUCACUAGUACCUGCCCUUGCGACGCUAUCACAGCAACUUCGAAUCCUAAGCAAUCGGUAG